UUGAUGCUGAUGAGAUUCGCCGACUUGGCAAGCGUUUCCGCAAGCUGGAUCUUGACAACUCUGGCUCACUAUCCGUAGAAGAGUUUAUGUCUCUUCCAGAAUUACAGCAGAAUCCAUUAGUUCAGCGAGUCAUAGACAUAUUUGAUGCCGAUGGCAAUGGUGAAGUGGACUUUAAAGAAUUCAUCCAAGGAAUGUCACAAUUCAGUGUGAAGGGCGAUAAGGAGAGCAAGUUGCGCUUUGCCUUCCGAAUUUACGACAUGGACAAUGAUGGCUAUAUCUCAAAUGGGGAACUAUUCCAGGUCCUUAAAAUGAUGGUGGGCAACAACCUGAAAGACACACAGCUGCAACAGAUUGUGGACAAGACCAUUCUCUUUGCCGACAAGGAUGAAGAUGGCAAGAUCAGUUUUGACGAAUUUUGUGCAGUUGUUGGCAACACUGAUGUCCACAAAAAGAUGGUGGUUGAUGUUUAAGUUUGCAGUCAUGGUUGUUGAUUUGGGUGCCACUGGCCGAAGGUGCAGUACAUGUUAUGCUUUCUUUGACUUCUGUCUCAUCCAUUAGGUGACUUUUUUGAUGACACAUAUGUCGUCUGGGUACAUCCUCAUCAGUGUGGGGUACAGAAACAUCCUUUUGAUACUCAAGAUGAAGGCACAGUGUUUUUAAUAUAGCAGAAUGCAACAGUGUGGUGAGCAGAUCUUUAGAUUCUGCUAGCUGAUAGCUCCUUAUGUGUCAAAAUUUGUGGUGAAAAUGUAAUCCUUAAAAGAAUAAUGGGAAUCUACUUUGAUAUUUGUGUAGUUAUGGCUAUUAGUCAACUUUUAUCUGUAGUUCAGUAACACUUUCAUUUGUGUGCUUUUUUCAUGUGGAAAUGUUAACUGUCAUACCCUAUGAAGUGGUAUCAUGGAUUUAAGGAAUCAUAUAUUGUUGUUCAUUAUUAUUUAUAUGUGUAUAAUUAUUUUGAUUUUUCCUUAUAGAGCCAAGGCUCAGGUGGCACUCUGCUGGUAAUUGUUUAAGACAUAUUGAUAUUUCUCUUCAUGUUUGAGCUUAUGUAUGAAGUGUUUAUGCAUUUGAUCUCAUACACUUAACUCCCUGCAUAGCAUCUAUAUAGUAUAAAUAUCCCCUUUAUUUCAGAACUGAAGUUGUUGAUCAUUGAGUAGUAGUAAAUUCCCUCACUUCAUACAUGCAUCACAAUAGUUUUUGUUAUAUAUUUGUAAACUUGUGGACCGUAACAGAAAUGUGGUUUUGCAAGACUUUUCUAUUUUAUGUAUUGUGCAUAAUUACCUGUAACACUCCCUGAGGAGGCAUAUGGCAGGAUCCUUGGGGAGUUCGUGUCAUCGUGACUGGAUGGGGAGGCUCAAAUUCUGAGUGUACUUUGCAGGCCCUGGGUGGCUGUGUUGGCAUCUAGUUUAGGGCCUCUUAAUUUUUAUCUGGGAAGAGAGGAAAUUGAAUGCAAGGUCAUAGCCUCCUGUUGAUUUGUAUUUUUCUUUUUUUUUCUUCUUAAUUUCACAUUUGAUGUUUGAAAAGUCUUGGAUAGAAUUUUUGGAAUGGCAACAACAUUGUGUAAGGAGUUUCAUGCUAUACAUGUGAAAGAGAAAGGAAAAAUGGAGGGCUAGUUUUGUCUCACCGAUAAAGAAUCGAGUUAGGUUUUCAGUAAGCAAGAGUUAAAUUGUUGUAUUAACACAUUUACAGUGUGUAUGUAUUUGUUUAUUUUUUAUAAUUAUUAUUUUUUUCUAUUACAAGUGUACACCUUCAGAAUUUGGGCCAGAUAGGGUUGUGUGUACAGACUGGCCUCAUUUCUUCAUCAGUUAGAGGCUAAUAAUAAAUAGUUUCAAAAUAUUGUUGUUAGAUGUAUGUUUAUGUACUUUCAUAUCAUUUUUAAAGAAAGAAGUUACAGAGUAAGAAUGAGGAUGUAGCAUGACCCUAGGCAAUUAGAACUCCAUCAACCUACGUGCAAUACACCUGCUCAGGCAGAAGUCCUGUGCGCUGCUCUAGCUAGUCAAUAUUGCUCGGUCACUAUAUAGCAUGAAAGCCGCCACAGGCUGUUCCUAACAGCUGUUAUUGCAAAAUAUUUUCUAAUGUUUCAUGAAAAGCAUUUGAGCCAAAUCUGUUCAUAUUACACAGUAUAGUACCCAGAAGCUAAGUGAGUAAAAAGUUUCUACAUUUAUAUUAGCUGAGUGGGAGAAAUAGUCAGAUGUAUAAAUUUAUCACUCAAGAGUAUAUUGAACUUGUAUUAUAAAGAUAGGUGGUGUGUAACAUGAACUCAAGUUAAUAUGUAAUGACCUCAUUUUCAAGACAAAAAUUAAAAAGUUACCAAUUGCUGUGUGACUAUAUAUUGUUUAGGUAAUAAAUUGGUUCCCUUUCUAUCAAGUUGAAAAAAGGAAAAUGUAGGUUAUUGGGCUCAAUGAUGUUGAUCUUGGAGUCUCUUGGCUUUCCCUCCAUAUAUAGGACCAUGUCUCUUGUAAAUUUAAAAUCAUGCUUCUGGUGUUCUCGCUGUGAGAAUUGCGAAGAGGAAUGUUUUGUAUAUGAAAUAUUUUAUCAUGUCUAAUUGUCAGGUAUUUGUAAACUGUAGAAACCCUUUGUUUGUUCUAGUGUCAUCAGAGAUGUAAGAAAUUGAAUUUAUUUCAUAUAAGCCAAAUAUGGCUAUAUGUUGUCUAAUGAUUUAUUAAAAUUUCAAAUAAUACUCUUUAUGUCAACCCCUUUGGAACAAUGCCAAUGGCAAGAUUGCUCAAGAUGACGGGAAUCCAGAGAAAACCUCUUAGGGUAGAGUGAUCCUAUUAUAUUUUUAUAUUUUAAUUUAAUUAAUUAAUUUUUUUUCAAAUCUAUAUGUUCAUAGUUGGAAAGUAUCAGGAAUCCAUGGUUUUUAAAAUCUUCAAUUAAGGUUCUUUCUAAAGAUAAAACGUUUUAUCACGCGUGUACAUGUACCCCCCAACCCCAUCUCCACAUCCACAUGCCCCUCCCCCCCCCCCCUCCUCAUAUAAAAAAACACAUAAAAUUACAUGGAAUUACAUUAUUUAAAAUCAUAUUACAUACUCUCAAAUGAACAUUAUAACAUUAUAAGCACACCAGUACUUGUACACAUUUAUUUAUGCACAGAUAUAUACAUACAUCUAUAUGACUACUACUGGUGUAUAUACAUAUGAAUAAAAAAAAAGAAAGUAUAUUCCUCUGUGUAUAUUAUGCAUUUAAAUAGAUGAUUUAUUUAUGUACUUUUUAAAAUCUCCCUUUUCCUUGACAUGAUGACAUGUUUCAUUUGUUAAACAAUCCUUCAUAUGAACCUCGUACAGGACUACUUACAUUAUCAGAAAAAAAGUGUUUACAUACAAACAAGCAAGACAAGAUAUGCCAAUGUUUGGAUAUAGCAUUGGCAAUUUUUUCUCCACUACAUAUGAUCAUCUUUGACAGCAACACAUACUAGAGAUGAUGAGGAAAGGUCAUUUUUGCCUGUGCUCUCAUGGGGGAAGGUAGGUUGAAGCAAAAAGCCAAUUGCAGUUAUUCCAAAGGGGGUUUAUAUUUAUCUUACGCUGCAUAGUAUUGUUGUAAGUGUGCAUGAGGGCUGAAAGGUAAAUUUGUAAUGAUUGGAGCAUUAUUUUCAUCAAUAUUAUUCUCAUUAAUAUGAAGGAUAUUUGUUCUUGCCAUUGAGACUGUUGGUGUUUAUAUCAUUACUGGCUAGGAUAAAAGAUUUAAAAAAGAGAAUGUGACAUGAUAAUCUAGAAUAGUGCAUAUUAUAUUUAUCUGUGAACUUUAAUUAUUUAUGUGCAAGAAGUUCCCACUGUAUGUAAGGUCUUUUUUUUUUUUUACACACAAAGCUACAUCAGAUACUAUAAGAAUUUGUAUAUGGCUGGUUAACUUUUUGAUAUUUAAUGUUUUUGGUCACAAAGGAGGAGUAUUUAAACUGCAGUUUCCUUCUAUUAUUCCUCAUUAUGGGAUAUUAAGGGAAUUUUUAAAACUUGAUGAACUUACAGAUAAUGAUACCAGAAUGAUGUUCAACCUGAAGGAAAGUGUUCAUUUAAAAAGUACUUAGCAGUCUGCCUUUAAUAUUUAUCUUGAAUCUACAGAAAAGGACUGCAGAAACUUUUGGUAUUCUCAGGACUUGGUCAAUUUGGUCAUAGUAUGUUUUCAGAUGUUUACUUAUUGUGUAAUUGUGUGAGACUUGCAAUGUUAUUAUCUUUUGACAGUGAAUAUUAUUGAAAUUUAAAUAAAGAAGCAUUUUAUGAUUUGA